AGUGUCAUUUUUACGAAGGACCUUAGAAACGGAGGUCACUCAAUGACGUCAUUGGUGACCGACUUUCCCAAAAUUCAUCGAAGCGCGAAAUCAAAACAAACCAGACGGUAGGCUAGCGCGAAUGAAAAUAUAGUACCAACAAUGAUGGACAAUGGAGAUGAUUUCACUUCUUCCUCAUCGGAAGAGGGAGACCCUGACCUUGGCUGUGGUCCAUAUUUAUAUGAGCCUUGUUAUGAACAAGAACAAAACAGAGAAGAAGAUGAUGAUCACGAAUCCGAAGAGCCAAACCGACUUUUGAAUAUGCACUGGUGUACGUGUACCAAUUGUAAAAUUAUGACAACGACAAAAGAAUCUAAAUGCUGCAAUGAGAUACCAAUCAUUGUAUCAAAAAUGGAAAAGGUCGGCAUGGCAGGCCAAUGCAUCACUACCCACCCUGGUUUUACAAGCAUUUGCUUAAAUGAGUGGGUACUUCAGAUAUCUUUCUUGUCUUACCGACAGCAAUAUGGUGACAGGGCUGUGGUUCCACAUUCUAAGGAGGAGAAGUAUAGAUACAUCGCCUACAGAAAUCUUGUGCGGAGCUGCUGGGGAUUUUUAGGAAGAGAAAAUCGUGUGAUUUUGCCAGCUUGUGUUGUUACAGCUAUUCGACAACAUUUUCCUAGCCCUCAAGAUGAGGGAUAUACAGGCUUUAAACUUGGAAAAUUAGAGGAAAUUUAAAUCUUGUAUGAUUAUUAAAUAUUUUAAUUAGGGGCCUAGGCCUACUUAAUGAAAUCUGAAAAGGCCGGCCUUUUCGCAAGUAAAUACUAAACUAAAAAAGGUAGCGAGAUGCAUUCUCUACUAACUCAUAGGCCUGCCCAGACUACAUACAGUGUCAUUCACUUAUUCUUUAAUGUUGUUCAUGGAUUGUUUAUUAAUUAUUGAAAUAUCGUUGUUUGUAACUUGUUUAUAUAACGUGUUACCUUACAACUGUUGUAUUUAAUAAUAAUUCUAAUAUGUUAUAUGGACAUACAUGCCUACUACACUUACUCCAUAUGCACUUACAUCUCGAUAUACAUACUGUACAAUCAUUUUAAAUAAACUAGCUACAGU